GGAGCUUCUGAUUGGUGGAGAGACUUGCGAAGGGCGACGCUUUGCUCAGAGGACAGAUUGAAGAUGGCGGCCUUGAGAAAGCUUCUGUGCACUGGGAAGAGCCAAGUGUCACUGUUCCUGCAGAGAGGCUUCCACAAGAGCUCCCCAGCUGCCCUCCAGGUGACUGUCCGUGAUGCUUUAAAUCAAGCGCUGGAUGAAGAACUUGAAAGGGAUGAAAAAGUUUUCCUGCUUGGGGAAGAAGUAGCUCAGUACGAUGGAGCAUAUAAGGUCAGCAGAGGUCUUUGGAAAAAAUAUGGAGACAAAAGGAUUAUGGACACCCCCAUAUCUGAGAUGGGAUUUGCAGGAAUUGCUGUUGGUGCGGCAAUGGCUGGGCUAAGGCCAAUCUGUGAGUUUAUGACCUUCAACUUUUCUAUGCAAGCCAUUGAUCAAGUUAUCAACUCUGCUGCCAAGACUUAUUAUAUGUCUUCUGGGCAUGUGCCAGUUCCAAUAGUCUUUAGAGGGCCAAAUGGGGCUUCUGCAGGUGUAGCCGCUCAGCAUUCUCAGUGCUUUGCUGCUUGGUAUGGACAUUGUCCUGGACUUAAGGUGGUCAGUCCAUGGAAUGCAGAAGAUGCAAGAGGUCUCCUGAAAGCUGCAAUUCGCGAUAAUAACCCAGUGGUAAUGUUAGAAAAUGAGUUGAUGUAUGGUGUGGCAUUUGAGAUAUCUGAAGAGGCUCAGUCAAAGGACUUUGUUGUUCCCAUAGGCAAAGCAAAGGUAGAACGGCAAGGUAGCCAGAUCACAUUGGUUUCACAUUCCAGACCUGUUGGACAUUGUUUGGAGGCAGCCAACGUGCUUGCUAAAGAGGGCAUUGAUUGUGAGGUAAUCAACUUGCGUACAAUUAGGCCAAUGGACAUUGAAAGCAUUGAAGCCAGUGUACUGAAAACAAACCACCUGAUCACUGUUGAAGGAGGUUGGCCACAGUUUGGCGUAGGAGCAGAAAUCUGUGCAAGAAUUAUGGAAGGUCCUGCAUUCAAUUACCUGGAUGCACCGGUGGUUCGUGUGACAGGUGCAGAUGUUCCUAUGCCUUAUGCCAAGACAUUAGAGGAGAAUUGUGUACCACAAGUGAAGGAUAUCAUUUUUGCGGUUAAAAAGACACUAAAUGUACUGCAGUAACAAAUAUGCUCUUAAAUUUCAAUCAUUUAAAGUCCUGCAUUCAAGUGUGCUCUGAGUUCAAAACGUCUGUGGGAUUACUUCAUUUUAUAAGUGCAAAAUAACACGUUUCAUACUUGCAGAUAUUUUAAGCAAAGCUGCCUUAAAGGGACAUUAAACUCAAACUUUAUCCAAAACCUUAGUUUACUUUCAUUAUUUAUUGCACCAGCCUUGGCUGUAAAAUAGCUCCAAAAAUCAUGCUUGUUCCAGAUUUCCCAUAGAUGGUGAAAUGAAUUUGACCCUGUAACAUUCUAUAGUGACUGCAUAGAUCCAAGAUCCUAUAUAUCUGCCCCUAUAUGGCUGCAGCAAAAGUGACCAGGAAUAUUAACUCAACUGGCUUUUUUUUUUUUUUUUUUUUUAGCGAUGUAUCUAUGAACUGCUCCUGAUUUGCAAAACUCUGCAAAAAAGGCUGUUAAAUGCUUUUUAAGAAUGUUAUUUUGUACUCUGAACAUGCAUCGCAGGGCUUAAUUGCUGAUUAUAUGCUAUGUAUAUAUAAAGAAGACUUUAAUGUCCCUUUAAUACUUUAUCUCCCAUAUCAUCCUAUGUAUAUAUUAAACACUCCUUCCUGUCCGGCUCUCAUAUCUCUGUAGUCUAAGGAGAAUCCUGUUACAAGGCGGUUUGCACAUAUGAAAAGUCAUUUUCAUCCUUACUUUCCUUUUACAUCCUAUUUUGAAAGUAUAAACUAUUAAAAUACAAUAUGGUGUUCAUUUUCUUUAUCUAAAUAAACAAUCUUAAGUUGUGAACUAUUAAAAA